CCGCCGCCGCUGCUCCUGGAGUUGGGAGGUCCGCGGAAGGCGGCGGGGUAGUCGAGGGGGGCUCGUCAGGGUGAGGAGCCGCGGGGUCCCGGGCACGCGUUCGGUUACUACGGUCGGAGGAGACAUGAGCGCCGCGGGGUUGCUGGCUCCGGCGCCGGCCCCGGCUGGAGCGCCGCCCGCCCCGGAGUACUACCCCGAAGAGGACGAGGAGCUGGAGAGCGCCGAGGACGACGAGCGCAGCUGCCGGGGACGCGACUCCGACGAAGAUACCGAGGAUGCCAGUGAGACUGACCUGGCAAAGCACGAUGAAGAAGACUAUGUGGAAAUGAAGGAACAGCUGUAUCAAGACAAACUGGCCUCUCUCAAGCGGCAGCUGCAGCAGCUCCAGGAAGGUACAUUACAGGAGUACCAGAAGAGAAUGAAAAAGCUGGACCAGCAGUACAAAGAGAGGAUCCGAAAUGCAGAACUCUUCCUCCAGCUGGAAACUGAACAAGUGGAAAGAAACUAUAUCAAGGAAAAGAAGGCAGCAGUGAAAGAGUUUGAGGACAAGAAGGUUGAGCUGAAAGAGAACCUGAUCGCUGAGCUGGAGGAAAAGAAGAAAAUGAUAGAAAAUGAAAAGCUAACCAUGGAGCUGACUGGAGAUUCUAUGGAAGUGAAACCCAUCAUGACCAGAAAGCUGCGGAGGCGACCUAAUGAUCCCGUCCCCAUUCCAGACAAGAGGAGGAAACCUGCUCCUGCUCAGCUAAACUAUUUAUUAACAGAUGAACAGAUCAUGGAGGACCUGAGGACGUUAAACAAGCUUAAGUCACCCAAGAGACCAGCCUCUCCUGGUUCUCCUGAACACUUACCCGCCACACCUGCAGAGUCUCCAGCCCAGCGAUUUGAGGCUCGGAUAGAAGAUGGCAAACUGUACUAUGACAAAAGAUGGUACCACAAGAGCCAGGCCAUCUACCUGGAGUCAAAGGACAACCAGAAGCUGAGCUGUGUGAUCAGCUCAGUUGGAGCCAAUGAGAUCUGGGUGCGGAAGACCAGCGACAGCACCAAGAUGAGGAUCUACCUGGGCCAGCUCCAGCGUGGGCUCUUCGUGAUCCGACGGCGCUCAGCGGCUUGACUUCUACAGUGUUCCUCUUCCCUUGACCCUUUUCUGGAGUGUUUAUUUUUUGGUUUUCUCAAUAGAAAAUUCUUACAUUACUGAGCCUAGCUACUUGACCUUGGACAUCGGAGAACAUUGUGGGCUCUAUAAGGCACUUUUGUGGCCACUUCGCCUCUGUGCCCUUCUUUCCUUCCUGCGCUGCUUCCAGUCACCGUCCACUGCGGGACUCUUGACUGUCAGGAGUGUUGGGGGUUUUGAUUUCUUCGUGUUUUGUAUAUACUUUCUUUUUCUUCACCUCUUUGAGUGAGGGGAAGCUCCUUAGAUCCUUUUGCCUUGAGGAAAAGCAGGAAGGAAGGCACUGUACAGUGCAUUUUCCUAUUUGCGCCUGGUUAGUGGGUUAUGGAGUCAUUUCCCUUGUCACACCCACCUCACUGUUUCCCCAGAAGCUUGGGGCAGAGGUUCCAGCAGAAGGAGCUUCAUUCUCCAGGCUCCCAGCCUUCUUGGAGAAGUAAACGCUCUGUAACAUCGUCCUCAUGCCAUCUGCUCCACUGGCUGAGCAGCGGAACUUCUACCCUGGAGACUUUGCAUCAAAGUCAAUGAGUCUGGGGGAGGGAAUGUUUCCUGUUUGCACCAUGCUGAAGUUACCAUGUUCUAAAUGUUACUGAAUGCAAGUGACGUGCACACACAUUUGCCACCUCAUAGGCUGGAAAAGGAAGUGGUAAUUUCAGAAGUUUCAUUUGUAAUUCCUUUCUCACCUCAGUUCCCAAGUGACAUAUCCUACAGUGGUCAUCUGGGCUCUCCCUCAUAGGUGGGCAGACGUGGCUUUGUAAUAAUUGGAGACCUGUGGCCUCGUGUGUAGGUCAUGGGUCACUGUCGCUGCUGGUGUCAUUGCUGCUGUGGACUGUUCACACCAGCCAUGGAAGCCUGUCGGGCCUCACGGAAGUUCUGGCCCACGUUAGCGUGAAGGAGAGCUCUGCUGCGCCUGCCGCCGGCCUGUGCGCGGCCUCAGACUUCACAGACAGCGGCUGCCCCGGGCCCUGCCCUCCUCGUGCUCCCUUACGCCGCGGUGGGGUCUUUCGCCAUCAGUUGCUGUCUGCUGUGUUGGCAUCUCUAUUGGCAACCAGAAGUCCAUUGGCCUCCUGAGAAGUCUUUACAAGUAAUCCCUUUGGUCUCAAGCCCUGGACUCUUCAUAUUUUUUCUUGAUGUGCGUAGCCUGCAGCAGGGCGGGGCCUGUGGUGACCAUUACAUCACUUCUGCUUUCCAUAGACCAAAACGUUAAUCGUCAGCAAAGACUUGUACAGACCUAGUUUUGUUCUAAUUUAUGUCCAUCCCCCGACCCCUGUGUUGGAGUUUCUUAGAAAACAGGAUAAACAACAGUGUUUAUUAAAAGUU